AAAGUAUUGACCGUGAGUCUUGUUGAGGUCGAAGUAGCAACAAGAAAGUGUGUGAGUUUCUUGUCACAUCUGGGAAGUUAGAAACAUCUGAGAAACUUAACAAUAUGUCCUCCACUUUUUCGCCUGCACCCGCACCCGGAGGCCGCACAGCUCUCGUGUGCACAGUGUGCUACACAGUCGGACUGCUGUGCUCGAUCUCUUUCAUCUACAGUUAUGCAGCUUUUAAAGGUGACUUGGGAGCCCGAUUCGCUUGGGACGAGUACUCGCUUGCUUACGUCUUCACGUUUGCCAAUAUGGGACAAAACUUCGUCGUCCACAUGGGAGCACUCUACGACAAGAAAGGACCUGUGGUCACCUCAUUGGUCGCUGCAUUGUUCAAAUUCGUGGGGAAUGGUGGGAUGUUCCUCCUGUCGAAGUUGCGCAUAGAUCAGCCAUCACUGUUUGUUAUGAGUGUAGGGAGUCCAUCUCCAAAGUCAUCUGGACAAAGAAAAUAAGAAGGCACAGAAAUUACUAUUGAUCAAGACAAGAUAAGAAGGAAAAGGGGCCCAGAAGAUGACUUGUGAGAUGUAUUCCCUACUCCUCGAAGCUUGGGCUGUUGUUCUUUUUGGAUGCUCAAGCGACCGGAGCAGCCAUCAUCAUGGCCAAUAUGCAAGCGCAGAAGCUGACGCCACAGAGCUUCAAGGGAGUGGUAAUAAAAGAUCAAAUCUAAGGUCUUCAAUGGAACAAAUUAUAAGUAAAAGAAUAAGACUAUAAGUAAAAGUCCGUCUUAUCUUCAAUGGAAAUGAAGUUCAGGCUUUGCCUUUAGUCCUAGUAAUCUUCAAGAAUAGGAACUGAACACCCGCCCGGCUCACAAUAUCUUCAACAUCUCUUCCACUUCGUACAAUAGUACACAAAUGCACAACAUUCAUCUGCUCUCCAUGCUCCCGCACCUACAGGUAGGCUCCAUCUGUGCUGCUGCCUUCGGCUUCGGAGCCACCUUGUGGGUGGCCAAUUAUGACGGGUAUCUAAAGCCAGACAUCGAUUCCCACUUCCUUCUCAGUGCAGUCGUCUCCAGCGGGUUUCUAGUCUGCUACACGCCGAUGCUGGCAUUGUUUCAACGGGUCUUUCCAUCUGCGGAGACGACCAAGGAUGAGCAAAUAAAAGUAGCUGAGAAGACCACCAAGGAUGAGGCAAAAGUGGAUAGGUUAAGGAGCAAUAGUCGGGAUGUAGUAAGCAGGUGCCAUUGCUUUUUCGUAAGAGCGCAGGUUGUUUGCGAAUGCCGUCCCAAGUAGAUGGUCAUGUUUUUAAUGAGCAUGAGCAGAAACAUGAAGUAUGCCCCAGGUCGUCACUCGUAUAAUCUCUAGAAUCCUUUCUUCAGAAGGACAAAAGGGAUUAAUUAUACGGCAUUCUCAAAAUAGAGAAGCUCCUCUAUUCUGAAAAACAGUUGUGGCACCAUUAAUUUAUGUCCAAAAGGCGAAAAUCACGAACGUCAACGCCAAAACGAAAGUCUUCCUCGGCUGUCAGUGCCUCUUCGUCAUCGUCUUCUAGUAAAAGAAAGAGUAGCCAAGGACGAGGAAAGGAUAGCGAGAGUACUACUGAGACGACUACUAAGGCUUCCGCUUCCACCGCUGCAGCUUCCGGAUCGCAGAAGAACAAGAUCUCCAUUAGCGAACUUCUCCGCUCCUCCGACUUCAUCGCCCUCUUCUGCGCUACGCUUGUCACCUGGAGUGUUUCAACAGUGUACAUUGCGCAUUUGGCGGGGAUGGCAGAAGCCGCCGCAGCCUCAAGUGCGGUGUCCGCACGGAUUCGAGGAAUCUACCUUUCCUGUUCGACUCUAGGCCGUUUGAUAGCCGGACCUUUGGCGGACAUUACAGGGAGAAUUUGCACCUUGCAAUUGUGGAUCGCGUUGACGAACAUCGUAACAUUAAGAAGGAACAACCAUUAGUAUUUGUAAUGUAGUUAAGUAAGAACUUCUCAAGAGAAAGUUAAGAGUAGGUUAAAGUAGGUGCUUUUCUUACCGCUUUUUAUGCCUCUCCUAAGGGAGAACGAGAAAGGCAUAAAAAGCGGGGUAAGCGAGCACCAACAACCUACCUCUAAUAACACUCUUCGCGGCGAUAGGAGGUCUGCUGUUUUUCGGACUGUCAGAGAUGAGCUUGACGGGCAGCAGCAUAGCAGCUGGGCUGGCGUUCGGUGCGAUAUCGGCGUUGAUCUUAUGCAUGGUCGUGUCAAGAACAAGAAUCCAAAUCCAUGUUUAACGAUAUCAUGAAAAGUAACUACAACUAGCACAAGCACUCAAAUUUGAAUAGAAUUAUUUUUAGACAUAAGUUGUACAAGGAAAGAUGGUGGAAAUGGAAAUCAUGAUCCUCGUCGUCCUCUAACUCUACCCCUCCUUUGCCGGCAACUGGCACCAGAAGUGAGCGGAACGGCGUACGCGAUUACGAAGGUGGGCUCACUAGUGGUGUCGACGAUAUGGAUAACGCAUGCUGGGAGUGUGCUAGAGAAGCUAAAAGCCGACCGAGGACACACACUCACCUGUGUAGGUGACGAGUGUUAUCGACCGACCUUGUUGUUUAUUGCCGGGACAUGUGCACCGUUGACGCUGUAUUCGAGCAAGUGGGCUUUGGAUAGCAUGCGAGGAAAAGCAAGUGGAGGAGGAAGUGCGGGUAAUUAUAGCAAAAAGAAGAAAGAAUAACAUCAACGAACAUGGUUUAGUGACUUAUGAAAUAGUGAAAAGAAGAGAGAAUAACACGAUUAGGUUUAGUACUGGUUUUGUUCACCUCUUGCCAUACAUCUUGACGACAAUUUGAUGUCAAAAAACCAUACAUGUUGACCGCCCAGGAGAAAUGAUUUCACUUCUAGAGGAUGCUGAGACUGAGGACAAUCUGCAAGAACCAC